AUGUACGGCAGUGCAGCAGCAGGUUCAGCAGGCAUCUCUCUUGCUGCUGAAACCAGUGGCACCUGCCAUAUCGACAACGCCUUCAAGCUCUUGACCUCAGCAAACCUCGAAGUUCGAGAGCUGGCGCUGCAAGCGUUAACCAAUAUCACUUUUAAACGUCUUUGCAGGCCAGCAACUCCGGAAAAUCUUUCAGGAUACCUGAGCCCAGAGACCGAAGGCGACUUCCGGGCUCGAGCAAGGCAACUGCAGUCUGUAUGGACCGAAGCACGGAAGGCCUCCCGCCGUCUGGGCGUCUCCUGGCAAGUGCAGGAACAUGGUGCCAUCAUCACCUUCGGGAAGGACACCCUGACUCCAAGUUAUCGCACCAAAGCGGUGAGAACGCUCCGGUCUAGCAUGGCGCGUGCACGGGAUCACGCCUUCCAGGAUAAACCUAACCAAGGAAAGCUGGUGGAGCGUGUCACCGCCGACAUCACCAGCUCCCAGUUCAUGUGGUCUGGCCAUUACACUCGGUUCUGCGAGUGGCGCUUCGUGCACAGGGCACGCCUCAACUUGCUGCCCCUGAACGCAGCUAGGCUGUGGGCACAUGCCUCGGACCGGCGCUGCAGGGUGUGCGGGUAUUCGCAGGAAACCCUUUCGCACGUUCUGCGUCACUGCAUAAGCCACAACUAUGCAUUCACAAGCCGCCACAACAAAAUUGUUGACCGGGUGAAGACCGCCACCGCAAAGAAGUUGACGGUGAUUCACGAGAACAGGCCCGUCGGUGACACGACCGUUCGCCCCGAUCUAGUAAUGCCAAGAAGAGGAGACGAUCAUCUUCGACGUAAUCUGUCCGUUCGAGAACCGACUCGAGUCACUGGAAUCAGCUCGGCAAGCAAAUGUGGAGAAGUACAAGGCCAUAUGGGCGUACCUCUUACACCGCUACCAGCGAGUCAGCAUCGAGGCAAUCGUUGUCGGUGA